UCUUACACUCCCGGCUAGGGUUUUCUGUGUUUCACUUCAUCUUCCCCUCGCUCGCCGCCGUCGGCUCUAAUUUAUAUUCUCUCUCUUUCUCUCUCUCAUCAAUUUUCGAUUUGCUACUCAUCGAACUAUGAGAUUAAUCAAACACUAGGAGUUGUGCUUUCAAACGACUCGAAAGCUUUCAGCUUUACAUCAACUAUUUCAUUUGAAUCCUUGACAAAUGGCAACCAUAAACCCUUUCUAUCUUCUCGACGGUGAUGACAACGAGGAUCCCACCCAGCUCAUCGCUGCUCAGCUUAAAUUUGAAUCGGCCCCGAAGAAGGCCCCAGCUGUUCUUCCAGUCAAGGCGGCGACUCUUCCAACCAAACCCCUCCCACCUGCACAGGCUGUAAGAGAAGCCAGGAAUGGUGGUGGUCCACGUGGUGGAGGUCGUGGUGGUGCUGGUGGUCGUGGUUUUGGCCGUCGUGGUGGAUUCAGUAAUGAUUCUGUCAGCAAUGAGAACUCCUUCAAUGGUCCUCCUAGAGGAGGAUUCAGAGCAUCUGAAGAUGGAGAGUCUGGAAAGCCUUAUGAAAGGCGUGUUGGCUAUGGAGGUCCUCGUGGUGGGGCUGCUGCUGGUGGUCGUGGUGGGCGUCGUGAUUAUGAAAACGGAGAUGCUGUGGAAGGUGGUGAGCGCCCUAGGAGAAAUUAUGAGAGGCGCAGUGGCACUGGCCGUGGAAACGAGGUGAAACGUGAAGGUUCAGGCCGAGGAAACUGGGGAUCUCCUACUGAGGAAGUUGCUCCUGAGACUGAAGAGGUGGUAAAUGAAGUUGUUGAGAAGAAUGUGGAAGCUGAGAAACCAUCUGAUCAGGAACAAUCUGGUGAUGCUGCCAACAAGGAGAAUGCUGAAAAAGAGGCUGAAGAGAAGCAGCCUGAGCCUGAGGAGGAUAAGGAGAUGACUCUGGAAGAAUAUGAGAAAGUAAGGGAAGAGAAGAGGAAGGCUUUGUUGGCACUGAAAUCUGAGGAAAGGAAGGUUCAAGUGGACAAUGAAUUUGCAACUAUGCAGCUGCUGUCUGGCAAGAAAACUGAGGCCGAGAUCUUUGUCAAACUGGGUUCUGAAAAGGAAAAACGCAUUAAAGAUGCUGCUGAGAAGGAGGAACGUGCUAAAAAGUCUGUUAGCAUAAAUGAGUUUCUGAAGCCGGCUGAGGGAGAAGCAUAUUACGUGCGCGGUCGUGGCCGAGGAGGACGUAGAGGCGGUGGAAGAGGUGGAGCUGGAGGAGGCUAUGGUGGUGGCAACAGAUGGGAUUCUGCAGAAAUGGCUGCUCCUUCCAUUGAUGAGACAAACUUCCCCUCUCUCGGUGGUAAAUGAGGGUAGUUUUAAUUUUAUUUGCAAUAUAACCACAGGAUUGUUAAAUUUGUCUUCUUUUUAAGGUUUCAACAUAGUCUUCUCUGUCACCCCUGCUUCUCUAGAAAAGGAAAAGAAAAUCUGUUUCAUUUAAGGGAGUGUAUAUUUUUAAGAUGUCUUUUGCCUGUGGGAUUAUCUAUUUGCAUUUUUUAGUUGUUAGGUUGCUUUGUUUUCUUUCUAUUUUCUUCAUUUCGAACCUUUUAAACAGUUUUGAAUCUAUUUUUCUCUA